AUGACAACUCAAUUCACUACUCUUACGCAGUUCCUCCGCGAUCUUCGACCGCGAAACCAGCUCAUUUUAAUCGCAGUAACAAGCGCCGCCCUCGGUAUCCCAGUCCUACGUAUCGCCAUCGAGGACUACCGCGGGUAUAUCGCCCUCGGACCUGGCGGACCACCUCACAAUGUUAUCGGAUGGUUCGGGCAGAUUCUUCUGAAGCCGUUCAAGAAGGAGCCUUUUCAUACAAGCUGUUAUGAUGAGAAAUCAUUCCAAAAAGCAGGUCCUAACGGGAGUGUUGCUUUCUUGAAGGAGGAGGAUGUUCCUGCUCGAGAGGCACCGAGACCGACAGUUGGAAGUUGGACAGCGCCGAGUCGACAACUGACAGAUCUGGCGAGUAAGGACAUAAUUGACUCACAGCGCUAUCAAUCCUUCCUCUCCUCACUCGCGUCAGAGUCACCAUCCAAGCUCGAAAUCGCAACAUCUGUCGUCGAGCGACACGGUCAAGCUCUGUUCGUAGCUUCUGAGAAACCAAGCCACCCAAUUGCGAAGAGUAUGUAUAGAGAAAUUGGACACAUGCAUGGUAGCGACGGUUCGAUGCAUCUCAACUUGGCGCCUCGAGAUGCAAAGUUGGUGCUGGAGAGGGGCUGGGGUCAGCGCCAUCCCCUGGGCGGUACUAUUUUGUAUUUGGGAGAUGUCAUGGUUUACGCUCCGAGGAAUGAGGAAGAGCUUGAGUUGGGUGAUGUUCUUGUCGGGGUUCUCAUGCUAUCCAUCACCCGAGCCACAGGUUACCUGAUCACAGAGAGUGGAGGCUCAUAUACCCUAACCGAAAGACAGUUUGCCACCACAGAAAGCAGCUUGGCGCAGUGGAAGCGCGCAUGGGGCCAUGUCUUGUUGUUCAAGGUUAUGUCCAAUAUCCUCAUGAUUCGUUGA